GUACCAAACUUUCUUGUUCGAUGAUUGGAAUAUUUGUGGGAUUAAACCGCAGUUUUCCACUUCCCGUCGUUAGUAGUCUAAAACCCGACUCUGAUAGCGACGGCGACAAGUUACCUACAGAGCCCCAAAAAUAUAGGAGUUCUCUAAACACCCAAUUCUUCGGAAUGCAUGCCGUGGAAUCGCAGGUAAUUCUCCUUUGAAAAAAUCGAGAAUAUGUCGGGAGGCGAGUACGAUCACAACGUUUUAUUACGUUCUACUUCAUCGGCGUCAGAAGGCGAUUUAGAAAGCCAGUCGCCGAGGAGAACGAAUACCAGAAGCUUUAAGGAUCUAUUAAAGCGGUUGGAUCGAGGUUUUUCGGGUCGGCGAUCAUGUGAUAUAAAGCGAUCAGAUAGGGACCAAAACUCGUCGUCUUCUCCUUCUUCUAAUCGCGGUGUUUCGGAUGAAAUUCUCGGCGAUAGUGCUCCGCCGGAAUGGGCGAUGUUGCUUGUUGGAUGUCUCCUUGGCCUUGCUACUGGCCUUUGUGUUGCCGCCUUUAACCGCGGGGUACACGUAAUACACGAGUGGGCGUGGGCUGGUACUCCUAACGAUGGUGCUGCUUGGCUUCGUUUGCAAAGACUAGCUGAUACUUGGCACCGGAUACUUUUAAUACCAGUUCUGGGUGGAGUCAUUGUUGGCAUGCUGCAUGGUCUGCUUGAAAUAUUGGACCAAAUAACACAGUCCAGUUCUUCUCAGGGACAAGGAUUUGAUUUGAUUGCUGGAAUCUUCCCUACAGUGAAGGCCAUUCAGGCUGCUAUAACUCUAGGUACUGGUUGUUCUUUGGGUCCUGAAGGCCCUAGUGUAGAUAUUGGGAAGUCAUGUGCCUAUGGAUGCUCAGUGAUGAUGGAAAACAACCGGGAAAGAAGAAUAGCUCUUAUUGCAGCUGGUGCAGCUGCUGGAAUUGCUUCAGGUUUCAAUGCAGCGGUAGCGGGUUCUUUCUUUGCGAUUGAAACAGUUUUAAGACCACUCCGUGCAGAAAAUUCACCCCCAUUUACAACUGCAAUGAUCAUAUUGGCUUCUGUUAUAUCAUCAACUGUAUCAAAUGCAGUACUUGGAGAGAAACAGGCUUUCACAGUGCCCACGUAUGAUAUGAAAUCUGCUGCUGAGCUUCCAUUGUAUCUGAUACUGGGGAUGCUGUGUGGAGUGGUAAGUGUGGCUUUCACUCGAUUGGUGUCCUGGUUCACCAAGGGGUUUCAGUUCCUCAAGGAAAAAUUUGGACUUUCUGAUGUUGUCUGCCCUGCCUUGGGGGGUUUAGGAGCUGGUGUAAUAGCUCUUAGAUAUCCUGGAAUUCUCUAUUGGGGUUUCACUAAUGUUGAUGAAAUCCUUCAUACUGGGAAGACUGCAUCUGCACCUGGAAUCGGAUUGCUAGCCCAAUUAGUUGCUGCUAAAGUCGUGGCCACUGCUUUGUGCAAAGGGUCUGGCCUUGUUGGUGGAUUGUAUGCACCAAGUUUAAUGAUAGGUGCUGCUGUAGGUGCUGUAUUUGGAGGGCUAGCUGGGGAACUUAUAAAUUCAGCUAUUCCAGGGAAUGCUGCUAUUGCUCAGCCACAGGCAUAUGCACUGGUGGGAAUGGCUGCUACACUAGCUUCCGUUUGCUCAGUGCCUUUGACUUCAGUGCUCUUAUUGUUUGAGUUGACAAAAGAUUAUAGAAUUUUGCUUCCUCUCAUGGGUGCUGUUGGACUGGCAAUAUGGGUGCCUUCUGUUACAGACCAGCCAAAGGAAACGGAUGUAUCAGAAGCGAAGUUUGCAUCAAAAGGAUACUCAAUUCUUUCACCAGUUGAGAAAAAUGAAGGGAAUGUUCCGAGGAAAUCUGGUGAGGGAAAUGACUUGGAACUAUUGGUGAUUGGGAGUCAUAAUAGUCGUGAAUCAUUUGAUGAAGGUCUCAUUCUGGAAGAUCUAAAGGUUUCUCAGGCCAUGUCAAAUGAUUAUUUGAAGGUCUCUCCGAGCCAAAAUGUGAAAGAAGCUUUAGAGUGCAUGCAUGACGGCCAACAGAGUUGCGUUAUUGUGGUUGGUGCUGAAGGUUAUUUGGAAGGAAUUCUAACAUAUGCUGACGUCAAAAGAAGUUUGUUUAAGAGCCAUGGGGAUUCUUCUAACAGUGAUUUAUCAGUCACGGAUCAGGCAAAUACUUGUCUUGUGUCCUCUAUAUGCACAAGAGGAAUAAGCUAUCGUGGCCAAGAUUGUGGACUCCUAACUUGUUAUCCUGAUACGGAUCUAGCAACUGCAAAGCAACUAAUGGAGGCCAAAGGAAUUAAGCAAUUGCCUGUGGUCAAACGUGGUGGAGAAUUCAGAAGAGAAAGAAAGCGCAGAAUUAUUGCUAUUCUGCGUUAUGAUUCAAUAGAGGAGUCAAUCAGGAGUGAAGUGAGUCGCCGAAAGUCGGUCUACCAGCAGAGUGAAGAAGAUAAUGACAAGCACAUUGUAACAAAUGGCCAUUAAUUGCUCAAGGCACUGAAUAUCAAUAGCAAGUUUCAACAAGAAAUCUUAUGUUUAGUUCUAUAGUUGAGCAUCAGUUGGUAUAUACAACUUUGCUGCACUCUUCUCUAGUCCGAGAAUGGAAGACAAGCUGCAACAAGAAAUUUACCACCUUAGUUGGACAUCAGCAGAUAUAUCAAAUUUACUGUAUAUUCCUAUUCUUUAACUUAUGCUGCGUGCAGAAAUUGAGGUUCCUUGUCAAGCUAGUGACCUGCUUGUUUCUGGAGCGGACACGCCGAACCAGGCUGCCUACAGAGCCCGUGCUUAAUAGCAUAAAUUUUCCUCAACAGUUUUGGUUGUAUUUGCUGAAAUCGGAAAGGCAGUGUACCCGUGUAAAUUUGACAUUUGACAUUUUGUAAAUGAAACUUAUACUUGAUAGUUCAGGAUAAAUUCAAAGCAAUAUCGCCAUUGACGAUUAUAUUAGCAAAUCGAAAGGCAGCAUAUUGCUAAUAGUUGAAAUUAUAUUGAUACUCUUUUGAACUGUUAAGAUUACCUUUACCUCAA